UAAAUCACUGCCUCAAAGCUACAAUUUCCACCCAUUGCAUCCCUUGUAUUCUCAAAGCCACCAGAGUUUACCAGCCAGGCUUGCCAACUCCACCACGAAACAAUCCUCGAGGAAUUCGACUUCGGAGACAUCAAAAUGGCGGGUGGAAAGAAAUCUGGAAGGACGUUGAUGCGAGAAGAAGGUUUGGAACGAACAGACAAUGGAUUGAAGCAAACAAGCUGGCCAGAAGCCAUCCCAAUUAAUCAGAAGAAUUAUUAUACGUAUGUAUCUUACAUCUUAGUUCUGCCCAUAUCGCAUACCUUUCGGCCAACUAUUGCCUUUUCACGACCUACAACUUUCACCAACUAACAAUUCACAGAGAGUUCGGAAAACGCGACGACCAAUUGCUUGCAUCACGUCUACAGAACGAAGCAAAUCAAGAAAAACUCAUCCGCGACGCCAAAAAUAAAGACAGAGCUCUUGCGCGCACAGGAACCGCUGACGUACCACUACCUAUGGACGAAGACGAAUCUGAAGAUACAGAUGUUACGGACGAAUUGGCUGCUUCAAAGACGAUCGUCAUCCACCCUGGAAGUCAAAAUUUGCGCAUUGGUUUGGCCAGCGAUGCCCUUCCAAAGACAGUCAUAAUGGCAAUUGCCGAAAAAUUCCCCACCACAGAAUCUCAAGAGUACGAACCUCGUCCAAAGCGACAGAAUUCUGAGCUUCCACCAGAGCAGCAAUUUGGAGAGGAAUGGUCAAAGAAAUAUAAUAAACAGUGUGCCGAUCUGAAGGUAGAUAUGCGUGCAAAUAGGCGUAAAGUAUUACCCAACUCGAAAGAGUUGGUUGUUAAUUACAAUCGCCGUAUUGAACCAGAAAAGAUUCCAGAACACAAUGAUCCGCUUCGUAUGGAAUGGACGGAUAUUGCCAAGGGAUCAAUAAAGUCUGUUACAGGUCCCGAUGCACAGCGCAUAGCAGACAACUCCGAACCACCAUAUAAACUUUUCUGGCCUAUGCAAUCCGGUUGGUUCCAUGAGGAUGAUUAUUACAUCCGCGAAGCGAUGUUCAAUGAUUUCGAGACAAUCAUUGAGCAGGCCAUAAAAAGAGACCUUGGUCUUAAGAGAACCAGUGAAUGGACACAGUACAGCUGUAUAAUGGUGGUGCCGGAUCUCUAUGACAAGAAAUACCUGGAACAAAUGCUAGAUAUGUGUCUUAGGGGCUUUGAGUUCAAACAAGUCGCUUUCAUUCAAGAAAGUCAUGCAGCUACAUUUGGAGCUGGUUAUACAAGCGCUUGUGUAGUUGAUGUUGGGGCACAAAAGACAUCAAUUUGCUGUGUUGAGGAUGGUAUGUGCAUAGAGGAUUCUCGCGUUAACCUCAAAUAUGGAGGCUAUGAUGUUACUGAAACAUUCAUCAAAAUGAUGCUCUAUGAUCACUUUCCGUAUGCCGACAUAAAUCUUAAACGACGGUACGACUUUCUUCUCGCGGAGGAACUAAAGAUCAAGUACUGUACUAUGAAUCAGGCCGAGAUAUCUGUUCAACUCUACAAUUUUCACCUUCGCGCACCAAAUCAACCUACUCACAAAUAUGGUUUUAAAACAUAUGAUGAGGUCAUCCUUGCUCCUAUGGGCUUUUACGAUCCUUCAGUCUUUGAUAAUAGUGAUAAAUUGAAGGGUCGUCGCAAACUUCUGGAUCGAUCAUACAAUGCUUAUGACGUCGACACUCCGGAUGAUCCUACAUCUUCAGCUCAGCUUGCAAUCCUGGCAGCUAUCAAACCCUCUAUUGCAACAAAUGCAAAUGGAUACAAUCCUAACACAUCCAACGGCGUGGCUGACAUGUCUUUCUCUACACCUCAAAAAGAGAAGCCCAACCCUUUCAACUUACUUCGGAUGGACACAGACAAUCCAGUACAUUCUAGCGUGACUUCUGCUGCCGCAUCACCUGCUCCAGAAGGUGCCAAUACUCCGGUUCCUGCUCCAUUUGUCUUUGGAGGUAACGGAACAACCGCCGGCUCUCCCGGUCCCACAAACGGCAUGAAUGGUAGUCACAGCGGAAAUACACCUAUACCCCCAGCGGGUAUGUUUGUCGAUAUUCAUGCCCGUACUGCUAAAGAUCUCGCUAUUGAACGUGACUCCGUUUUACCAAUCGCUCCGUUGGACACUGCUAUAAUCACGUCUAUCACCCACGCAUCCAAGCAUGAUGAUAAAAAAGCUCGUGACUUCUAUGGUGGCAUCAUGUUAAUCGGUGGAGGUGCCAAAACCCCUGGAUUUGGACCUUUCCUUGAAGAUAAACUCAGAAAGAAGAGACCAGAUCUCGCAGAAAGAAUUUUGGUGGGAACUAGUCCUAGGGAAAUGGAUGGUCAGGUGGUGGUUUGGAAGGGAGCAAGUGUUUUCGCUAGAAUGAAGAUGCAUGAGAGUUGGAUCGGACAAAAAGAAUUCGAAAUGUUGGGGGCCAGGGUAUUAAGUCAAAAGAUUCUUUGGCAUUAUUAGGUUUUAAUUUCUUCUUCAAAUCAUGGAGACUUUCGUGGGAUACUUGGCUAGACAGAAAGAAUAUAAGGGGUAAGAUGGAAAGGGAAGAAGUGGAAAUCUUGAAUCAUGAUGAAAUAAUGGAUGGAUGGAAUGAUUGAGCAUGGCGUUUUAAGGCAAUCGGACUAUCUAGGCGUUUAUGGAUGGUAAAAUUAUCGAAAUCAAUUAUAUGGAUGGAUAGAUGGAUGGAUUGAUGGAGUUUUUUUUAAAGAUAUCCUGGAGAGUAAAUUUAAAAACUAUCUCAUUGAGUGGCAUUUAAAAUAGGAGACGGAUGGAUUUUUUGUAUCUAGCUAUCAUUGUAGGUACGGGACAGAUGAUACAAUAUGAGAGAUGAAUUGAAAAUU